AUGAAUCGGAUACAUUGUGUGUCAAAUAUUAAAACUGCGCUGGAAUUUUUACAUUCCAGAAAUGUAAAAUUAGUCAAUGUUAAUCCGACAGAUAUUGCCGACGGAAAACCAGCUAUUGUUCUUGGUCUUAUAUGGGUUAUUAUACUGUAUUUCCAAAUUGAAGAACAAGAAGAGUUAUUAUUGAAAAUUUUGGAUCUUCCAGCUGGUUCACUGAAAACAAGAGGUUCAGCGAAACGUGCUUUACAAACAUGGGUACAGGAAAUUUUCGCUGGAAAAUACGAUGUUCAAAUUCGUGAUUUCGGUCCAAGUUGGCGUGAUGGCAUUGCAUUCAAUGCAAUGGUACAUAAUAUUGAUUCAAGUUUAGUUGAAAUGGAUAAAGUGAAAACUAGAACACCGAAAGAGAAUUUAGAACAUGCAUUUACGCAAGCUGAAAAACAUUUAGGCAUACCAAGGCUAUUAGAUCCUGAAGAUGUUGAUGUUGAUAGACCAGAUGAAAAAUCCAUUGUCACAUAUGUUGCACAAUUUUUCAAAGCUUAUCCAGAUGCAGGAAGACGAAGAUCUGAUUCACCAACAAAAACGGAUAUAAAAAUGAAAUUUGACAAUUUGAUGAAAUUUGUUCGAGAAUCUGAGCUGAAAAUCAAAACAACUCGAUCUAGUCGUUCAAGUUUAAGUGAACAAUAUCAAAUAUAUGAUGAGAUAAUUACAACAAAAGAAAUGGAAGAAGAAGGUUUUGAAUCAUUCAAAGAUCAAUGGUAUUCCGGUUUAAUAUCACAUAUUGAUUCAUUGAUCAAUCCAAGUGAAGUAGAAAUUCUAGAAGAAUCAUGGUAUCAUUUAACUGAUAUAUUGAAUGAAUUUUUAUGGGAGAUAGAUGAGAAAAUACCCGGGGAAUUUGGUCAUAUUGCAAAAUGGUUAAGUCAAACUGAGAAAUGGUUUCAACAAGUUGGUUUAAAAUGGUAUCAAAAACCAAUUGGUACACAAGCAAUGGGAUUUAGCGGUACAAUGAAUGAAUCAUGGCGUCCAUCUAGUGCGGAACCACCAUAUUCACCGCCAUCCAUUGAAGUGAUCGAUAAAUUACAACAUGAAAAAUUAGAACUAUUUGGAACAAACAAUCAUAAACUCAAUUCUAUACGUGAUGAUUUAUCUCGUGUGAUUGGAAGUGAAAAAUCAAUUAAUUUGCCUAGUUCAUUGAUUGAUCGACUGAGUACACGUCUAUCAAAAGUUACAGGUUAUGAACCAGGAAAUAGUGCUGUAUUGAGUGCAGCGAAAGCUCGAAGAAUAUUUCUCGAUAUGUUGUAUAAUGUAAAUCGUACAGAAACUAGUAUAGGUGUAUGUAUACGUAGUCGUCGACGUGAAAGUGCCACAGGUUUUGAACAUCGUUUUUGUAAUUGGUUAGAUCUUGUUGAUGGGAAUAUAAAUACUGAAACUAGAGAGAUGGUCAAUGGAAUACUUACAGAUUAUCAGCUUUGUUUAAAAACAGAACAUGUCCCCGAGAAAUUAGAUCAAUGCAAAUCGGAUUUAAGUAAACAAUUUAAUUUAUUAACUAAAAUUGCACAAUAUGAUGAACAAUUAGUACCAGACAAAGCAUUGGAUAUUAUACAACAAUGGCAAAAUGAUUGUGAAACCAAAUGGAAUGUCCAUAAAUUCAAUCAAUUAAUACAAUUAGGUGAACGGAUUAAACAACGUUUAAAUUUAUGGGAUAAAUUAGAUAAUCGUGCUAGAGCUAUUGAAACUUGGCUGUCAAAAAUGGAAGAUUCGACAUGUUCAGACAGUGAUUGGUUUAGUCGACGAGAUGAAAUAUUCCGUUUGUUAGAAGAAGCUAAUGAAACUGCUCAUUAUCUUGGUGAAUCAGCUGAUCAUUAUAGAUUGGAAAUGUUCAGGAAAAGAAUUGAAAAACUAGAAGCUGAUGCUUUAACAAAAAGACGAGCUAAUACAGAAAAAAUUGAAGCGAAACGAAUAGCGGAUAAAUUGAAACUUGAACAAGAAAUUAAUGAUCAUUUAAAUAAAGUUGAAUGUUGGAUAGAUUCAGUGAAAGAAUUAAUUGAUAGUAAAACUAGUUCUAAAACAAUAAAUUUACGUGUACGAUGUACUUCAAAUGGAUUAUCAACUAUUGUUGGACAAUUACAAAAAGUUUUAGAUCAACAACCACAAAUUACAGAACAUUUACAAAAUGCUACAAUUUUAAGUCAAGAUUCAAUCAACCAGUCAACAACAACAUCAGCUGAACAAAUUGAACGAUUAAAUCAUUUAGAAGAACAAGUUGAGAAAUUUUCCAAUCUUUUAACGAUUAAAUUAAAAGAUUUAACUGAUAUGACAGAAAAAACUUAUGAGCUAGAAAAAAAUUUAAAUGAUAUUCAUACACAAGUGAAAGAAUUAGAACAGAAACAAGCUAGCAUAUUAAUGAAUACUGAUAUACGUACAUGGGAAUGUUCACCAUUGUAUCUUGAUUUCAAUGAUUGCCGUGGACAUUUAACAUUUACUACUGGUCAAAUAAAUGAUUUAGAACGUGCGCUUAAUUUACAAACUAAUCGUGGUAUGGCAAUUUUAAACAAAUUCAACGUUGAAGAAUUGUAUCAAGAGAUUAAAAGUCUGAAUGAACAUCUUAAUAAUUUUGAAAAAACCGCCAAACGUAAAUUCAAUAAUAAACAAUCAAUUAAUGAAACAUUUUCAACAUUAAAACAACAAAUGGAUGAAAUACAAACUGCUUUGAAAGAUUUAAAACAUGCAACAUCAACUGGUACAGAGAUAAGAAAAGAAAAUUUAUUGAAUUGGUUGGAAAAUUUAAAAACACUACGCCGUAAAUACACAGAAAGUAUGAAAACCAAUGAUAGACAAUGUCAAAAUCUUUUAAAUUCAACUGCUUCACAAGGUGAUAGUGAUAUGUUGUUGGGUGAAAUGAAGAUGAAAAUUUUUCAAAUGAAAACUGAUCUCAAUGAACAAUGCGUGGAAAUUGAUCAUGACCUACAAGGAUUAGAUGUUCAAUUAAAUCAAUCAUUGAAAAAUUUGAAUGACCUUGAAGAGAAAACCAAACAACUCGAUCAAUGGUUAAUCAAUCAAGAAAGACGUCUGACAGCUUUAUCCACUGGUCCUACAACAUUACCAUAUGAUAAUACUGUAGAUAGUAUAUUAGAACGUAUAAAAUCUCAUCAACAAUGGGUAGAUGAAUGUAAAAAUUUAGUUGAAAGUGUGAAAAAAUAUUCACAAAAAUCUGAUCUACUUCCUAGUCGAGAUGAUGCUGAUUCAGUAUUUGAGACUCCAACAUCCCCACUGUCUGAUAUGGUAGGAGUAUUACACAAAAGAAUGGAACAUUUAGAAACCAAUAUUAAAAAAAUUUACAAUGAAGCAGAAGAACAAUUGAAAAGGCUGCAAUCAUUUUCAACACAAAUGGAAUCUACACGUAAAUGGUUAAAUAAACGUUGUAAUGAACGCAUUGAAAAAUUAAAUAGUCUCGCACAAAAUGAAGCAAAUCUAACAAAUCUGAUGGAUAAAUUAGAAAGUAAACAGAAAUAUUUAGCAAAUUUUACUAUACUACUUAAUAAAGAAAGUGAAACAUAUUUGACCCAAUGUCAAAAUGAAAUUCAACAUUUGAUUGAUUCAAGUGGACAUUAUGAUACAACAGCGAUAGUGAUGUUGGCACGUCGUGAAUUGUCUAAUUUUCAAUUGGAAUUAAAUAAUAUUCAAGGAGAGAAUGAUAAAGAAUUGAAAGAGAUCGAAGCUAAACUCACUCGUCUAUCGAAAUUAAUCAAUAAUAUUGACAAUGAAGAAAAAUGGUUGAAUGAAUCCGAAAACAAACUUCUCCAAGAUCAUAAUCAUCUCAACAAUACUCAAUCUCUAACUGAUCUAAAUGCAAACAAUCAAACUGAGACGGAUCGUUGCAAUCAAUUGCUCAAUCAAAUUAAUACACACAGUCAACAGAUUGAUGAACAUUUAUACCCUGAAGCACAAUCAUUAGAAGAUUUAACAUCUUUACAAAGAAUUGACAAUUUACGAAAUAAACUUAAUUUAAUCAAACAAAAUUUAGAUAAAAUAAUUUCUACUGUAAAUAUACAAACUAAAUCAAUUCAUACAUUUCAACAAGCUAUGGAUAAUUUUAAAUUAAAUCUUAAAAAUCUUGAACGUCAAAGAAAUUCAAUUUUAGGAUCACAAACAAUCAGUUAUGUGAAUAUGGAAAGUGAAGGUCAUCUGCUGGAAACAUCUUAUGUGAAUAUUAAGAAACAAAUUGAGGAUCUUCGUACAAAUCAAUCUGAAUUACGAACACAAUUCAAUCAAUUAGAACAUCUUAGUAAAUCAAUCCAACCAAUCCCGAUUGAUUUAUCCCAAUGUCAACAUGAAAUGAAUCAGUUCAAUCAAAAACUUGAUCAAGAUUAUACAGAAAUUCAAACAAUUUCACAAGAAUUAAAACAAUUAAAUCAAUUACUUGAAACUUGUAAAAAUUAUUUAAAAUUAAACAUGGACAAAAUAUUAACGAUUAUUAAGAAAAUAAAUGCACCGGUUUGUUUAAAUGAUUUAACAGAAUUGAAUGAAUUAUAUAAAUUUUAUCAGAACAAUUUUGAUGAAAUGAAAUUAAUUUGUCAACAAAAUCUUGGUGUUGAAUUAUCUUGUGAAUCACCAUCGAAUCGUAAUAGAUCAUCAAAACUUUCUUCACUUGAAGAUGAGACCAAUCAAAAAUUCCAUCAAUUAAUAACAACUUAUUCAAAACUUACAAAUUUUCUCAAUUCACAACAAGAAGAUUUCAAUCGACAAAUUAAUGAAGCGACAAGUGAAGCAUUUGAUAAUUUAACUGAACUAUCACAAUUAGUCAAUAGUUUAAACAUAGUAUUAACAUGUUCUAAAGAAGCGCUAGGUAGUUUAAAUUCCAUUGAAAAAGAAUAUCAAAAUAUUUGCUCAAAAUUAUCAACAGAAUUAUCAAAUGAAAUGUUAAUUAAAUCAUUAAAUAAUUUAUUAGAUCGUUUACAAACUGAAUCAGGUCCAAAUCAAGUCACACUGACUACAUCAAUACAAAAUGUUUCAUCAAAAAGUUCUUAUUUGAUUAGAGAGGAUAUUUUGUCGAAUUCGUUAAAACAAUUUAUUCAACAAAAAGAUCAAUUGGUUAAUAAAAUGAAAGAAACAAUUGAAAAAUGCGAACGACAUUGUGACCUUGAACAGAAUUUCUUAGUUAAUUUAAACGAAUUAAAAAAUGAAUUAAUUGAACUUUCAAAUUCAUUGAAUAAUGUAGUAGUAGUAGUAUCAAAUUCAUCAGUUGGACAAAAUAUCAAUGAUGCCGAAUUUGAACGACAAAUUAAUUUAUUCACUGAACAAUAUACAGCAUUAAAUACUCGUUAUAAAAAUAUACAACGUAAUUUUACAGAGACUGGUUUGAAGAGUAAUAAAGUGAAUGAUUUGAUUUCCAUGAAUCUGACAACUAUUCAAAAAAUCAAUGAACAUUUAACAAAUUUAAAACAAGACUAUGAUUUGAAAAAAACUAAUUUUGAAUUGAUUCAAACAAAAUUAAAUCAGUGUAAAGAUCAAUUGAAUAAGAUUCGUUUGGAAAUUUCUAGAAAUGUGAAUAAAUUCACUGUGAAAUCAACAAGCGAUUUAUUAUUUGAACAAAUAUUAAAUAAUUUCAUAACAGAUUUAAAUGAAUACAUUGAUGAUUUAAAUCAAAUUCGCGAGAUGAUCAAUAAAACUGAUAAUAGUUUGCGAGGAGAUUCAUUGAUUAAAAAAAAGACAACUACUGAUUUACAUAAACUUAUUGUAGAAAUAAUAGAUUUAAAAAAUAAAAUAUCAUCAAACUCGUUAUUAUUAAAUUGGAAUGAUUUUCUAAAUGAUUUAGAUAAUCUUUUGGAAUGGAUUCAAAAUACUACUGAUGAAUUAAAAGUAAUACAAUUAGAUUAUAAAAAACUUUUAACAAAAAUGGAAGAAUUUGAAAAAUCUUUCAGAGAAGUUAAACAAUCGAUUGAUGAAAAAUCACAAACUACUGAAAUUAUUGAUAUCACAUAUAUGUUGAAAAAUCAAAAACCAACAAAAACCAAAUUAAUUCAUGAUUUAGAGUCGAUUAAAGAUUAUCAAAUGUUUAAUUUAUAUAAUGAUUUAAAAUUCAUCAAACAGCAAGCUGAUCGUUUAUUUACUAAACCACAAUCGACAACACAAUGUAAAUUUAUGGAUGAUAAAAUUAUUGCCGAAUUUAUCAACCGUAUGAGUCAAUCGUUAGAAUUACUAUCAUCUAAUUUAAACAACACCAUUAUACAGUAUAAAACUAAAUUGAAUGAUGAAUGUGAAAUGUUACAAUUGUUUAAAUCAAUUAAUGAUUGGAUUUUAAAUUAUGAAAAUGAUUUAUCCAAUAUUGAAGCAACUAUUCAACCGAUUCAUCAACAACAACUGCAACAAUUACACACUCUUCUUCACCAACACAUAAAACUAUUGAAAAACAAUUACAAGAUGUGCAUAAUUUAG